GGGUGCGAACGACAGACAGGAGAGAGAGAGAGAGAAAGAGGAGAGCAAGAAAGAGAGGCAUAUUUUGCUAUAUUCAUUUGACAGCUGUUUACCAUGCUGGAUCAACAUGCCAGACAUCACCCUCCUCCUCCUCCACUGUCAUAGCCUGACUGCACCUCCUCCACUUAUUCCUCACCCUUCCUCCUCCUCCCAAAGUUGAGUGUGAGGGGAAGAAGGGAGGGUCUGCGCCUGGCGCCUGUACAGUACUUAGCGGAGUGAGAGAGGGAGGGGAAGUGCAGUGCCUCCUAGACUCUCCAGGCUAAAGAGAGCCUAGGGGCAACAGGGCAGCCUAAGGGGCAAAACGACUGCUUAGAGGCAACAGAAGAGCCCUGUUUGGCAUGGCUCUGUUUCUGGAUAGCUCCCAGGCCAUGGGGACCGUGGGGGCCUAUUACUGCUUGAUCCGGAGGAGGUUCAAGAGGAGGCGCAAGAAACGCUCCGAGCGCAAAGGUGUUGUCAGCAAAGCAAUGACAGAAGGUCGAGCUGGUGUGAAGCAGCCCCGUAACCAGCCAAGGUUCUUCACCAUGGAGGGAGAUGAAGAAGAGAGCAUGAGUUCCAGCAGCACCGACGUUAAGGAAAACCGCAACCUGGACAACAUGGUCUCCUCCUCCAAGGAGGGGUUGGGGGGUGAGGGGGCAGCUCACCUCCCUAAUGGGGGCAGUGCAGGUUGUGGAGGGGGCAGGAAGCGUCCCUUAGAAGAGGGUAAUAACGGGCAUCACAAUAACAAGUACAGGCCCAAGAAACGUAAGAAAAUGCCCGGGCCCAUUCUGCCCAAAAAUGCCCUGAUGCAGCUGAAUGAGAUCAAGCCUGGACUGCAGUACAAGCUGCUGUCUCAGACCGGUCCGGUCCACGCGCCCGUGUUCGUCAUGACUGUGGAGGUCAAUGGGCAGCUGUUCGAGGGCUCCGGCCCCACCAAGAAGAAGGCUAAGCUCAACUCAGCUGAGAAGGCUCUGCGGUCGUUCGUUCAGUUCCCCAACGCCUCUGAGGCGCACAUGGCAAUGGGUCGGACGCUAACGGUCAACACAGACUUUACCUCCGACCAGGCUGACUUCCCGGACAUGUUGUUUAAUGGGUUUGAGACCCCGGCCCCUCCGGAGGAGUCCUUCUACCUGGGUUCUAACGGUACCAAUGGCUCCUUCAGCUCCCUGGGACUAGUAGAAUACCCCCUGCUAGGGAGCUCAGGUGCUACCGGCCUGAGUCAGUCCUCGUUAGGCCUACCACUCACCGCCUCCGUCCCGGCCUUCGUCUCCCCCGCUAUUGCCAAGAACCCUGUCAUGAUCCUCAACGAACUACGACCCGGGCUGAAGUACGACUUUGUGUCAGAGAGUGGAGAGAGCCACGCCAAGAACUUUGCCAUGUCCGUGGUGGUGGACACACAGACGUUCCAAGGCUCAGGGCGCAAUAAGAAGCUGGCCAAGGCCCGUGCGGCGCAGGCUGCUCUCUCUGCCCUCUUUAACAUGCAACUAGACCAGACACCGUCCAGACAGCCCAUACCCAGAGAGGGCCUGCAACUGCACCUGCCACAGGUUCUAGCUGAUGCUGUGUCCGGUCUGGUAGUUGACAAGUUCAGUGAGCUGACGGAUAACUUCACAUCCCCUCACGCACGACGGAAAGUCCUAGCAGGCAUUGUCAUGACAACAGGCACCGAUGUCAAGGAGGCACAAGUGAUCUGUGUUUCCACGGGGACCAAGUGUAUAAACGGCGAGUACAUGAGCGACCGCGGCCUGGCUUUGAACGACUGCCAUGCUGAGAUCAUUGCUCGUCGUUCCCUCCUUAGGUACCUGUACGCACAGCUGGAACACUUCCUCAGUAACAACAGAGAGGAGCAGCAGAAGUCGAUAUUCACGAGGUGCGAGAACAAGCAGGGCUUCCGUCUGAAGGACAACGUGCAGUUCCACCUGUACAUCAGCACGUCGCCCUGCGGAGACGCACGCAUCUUCUCACCCCACGAGGCUGCCUUCGAGGAUCAGGGAGACAGGCACCCUAACAGGAAGGCUCGUGGUCAGCUGAGGACCAAGAUAGAGUCUGGGGAGGGGACCAUCCCUGUGAAAGUCAGUAACACCAUCCAGACCUGGGACGGAGUACUGCAGGGAGAGAGGCUGCUCACCAUGUCCUGCAGUGACAAGAUUGCCAGGUGGAACGUAGUAGGGAUCCAGGGCUCUCUGAUGUGUUACUUCACAGAGCCCGUCUACUUCUCCAGCAUUAUCCUGGGCAGCCUGUACCACGCAGACCACCUCUCCAGAGCCAUGUACCAGAGGAUCGCUGACAUUGAGGACCUGCCUCAGACGUUCAACCUCAACCGGCCACUUCUGAGCGGAAUAAGCAACGCAGAAGCACGGCAACCGGGUAAAGCGCCUAACUUCAGUGUGAACUGGGCUGUGGGAGACCAGGGGUUGGAGGUUAUCAACGCCAUGACAGGCAAGGACGACUUGGGACGGCCCUCGAGGCUCUGCAAGCACGCCCUCUACAGCCGCUGGGUGCGCCUAUACUGCAAGCUUUCACAGACUCUGAGAAUCAAAGGUGCCAAACCCAGCUUGUACCAUGACGCCAAACAGGCAGCGUUGGAGUACCAUGCUGCCAAGCAGACUCUGACCAAGGAAUUCCACAAGGCAGGACUGGGAGCCUGGGUCAAGAAGCCUAUCGAACAGGACCAGUUCUCACUCCAGUCCUGAGUGGAUUUUUUUUCAUAGAAAUAGAAUAACUAUGUCGUUCUAAAAUUGUUGUCACGGGAGGAAGAGGGAGGCUCAGAUGACGAUACUACUCCUACCAGCUGUUUCGACUUUAUUUGUUCUGUGUGUGGACGACACUCGCCCAACCCUUGUUCCCUCUCCUGAUCACUCCACUUUUCACCGUUAAGACAUUGAAUUUUGUCUUGUUGUUUUUCUCAAUGACUUACUGUAAAAAGCCUUGUUUUCAUUAUUGUUCGUGUCAACAGAAUGAUUGUUAUCGAUGUUUUGUUAGUUUAAUGUCGUUCAUUCCACUUACACUAGUAACCUAACGUGACAUACGACAGCUGUACAACUGGAAACCUGGGAUUUUUUAAACGGAUUUUGUUGAUUACAUUUUAUAAAUCAAUACAUGCAAAAAAUCAACUGAAAUCAGUUGGCUAUCUACAGACAAACCUUGUCUACACCCACUGUAUGAUUAUGCCAAAUAUAUAGAAAGCGUUCAAGCUUACCUCCCAGUAGUGGUCAUAACAAUAACUAUUUUGCUGUCUUUUUCCUAAGUAUUAGUGCUGUGCCCGUUCCUCUUGUCUUGAAGGCUGAUGUCCUCUCUUGCACUUUUCAUGUGCAGUCUUUUCUUUGUUUCCGCUGUGAGAUGUAAAAGCAUUGCACUGUCUGAGGACGAUAUGCUCGUUUGUUUUUGAAUAGUGAUAGAUACGUGUGUCUUUUGAUUCCAAAAAUCUGAUUGAGAAUGCUCUCUGAUAAUGACAUGUUUUUAUCUAUCUGAAGUAGGCCUAAUUAACUUCUGAAAAAUGUUUGAUUCCUUUUUCCCUUUACAGUGAAUGACGUAAAUUAUACUAAAGUGCAUAUGGCCUUUGACGUACAUUUCUAUGGCUAUUCUUGCAGUGCGGUUAUUUGCUAUGCAAUUGCAGAAUGGCUCACACUCUUGUGGUUGCCAGACAGAUGCAGUGGACUUUUAUGUACUGCUUUUUUAUUUGAACACACAGACAACAUUUUGCUAUCAUCAUGUAGCAUUUGUUGGGAGCUUGACAAAAAAAAAAAACGACUGAAAUUAUUUUAGCUCAUAUUUAGCCAUGAGUGUUGAGGUAACUUGAGCAAAUUUUCUUUGUCUGUCAUCAUAAGCCUUACCUCACCAAAGACAAUUUUUUAUUUGCUUUUUGUUUCUUUAAUCUGUAAUGUUUGUUUUAACUAAGUUUUUGAUCACUUCAUUUUGAUUCCUGUGUUUUAUACUGCUCAAUGUCAUCUUUUUGGACUAUUCAUUUUGAAAUGAAUUGAAAUGGAUCUCUGUGUUUAACGUAGCAAUUUAAAAGUAUGAAACUGUAGAUCAUUUUGACCUGUUCUGUGUCGUUUUUAACAAUUAACAUGUUACCAAAAAAAGAAAAUAUACCCAAAAUGUAUUUCUAACAGGCUCGGAAAUGUUCAUGUACAGUACUUUAUCUAAGUAUACUCAUUGGAAUCAGACAACUCUCGUGAAAAAGCCCAUUUUGUAAUUUUUUUCCCCUUUUGUGUUGUCACACUUCUCAUCCGCACUUGGCAUGUUUUCUUAUUUGUUUAUUUUGAAUAGAGUUGUAAAGAAUCCACAAGAAUCAAGGCAAUUGCAGUUUUUGAAAGGGGACCAAGCACAACUUGUGAUGUAAAAAAAAAAAAAAUUGAACUGCAUCAGAAGUGAAUGGCUGGUCAACCAUUGUGAAUAACUUUUGAUCACUCCCUCCCAACCUUUGGGUGUUAUGAGGGGUCUGCUCUACGUAUGUUUGCUUUCUCUGACCAAGUUGUGAGCGUUGACUGUGAACUUUGACCGGGUCUUUUGCCGUCCUGUAAUGGUUCAUGCACCGUUUGAUUGAUGUGCCCAGUCCCCUGUAGUCUCUAGAAUAAGGGCCCUAAUGCAUGAGCUCUCGCUAUAAAGCAUGAGGGAAAAUCAAAUAAAACAAACCAGAUAAACAAAAAUCAUACAUGUAGAAAAUGAGAAAAGACCUAUAAAUGAGAAAUAUAAUAAAUGGUAAUAUAGGUAGAUGUUGUAUAUAGUUGUCUUUCUUUAUUUCAUACACUAUUUUCUACCAAGUUCACUGCAUUAAGUCAUUUCUUAUUUAAUACAAAAAAUAAAUUAGAUUGACAAUACAAUACUUUUAAAAAAUGUGACAAAUGUAUGAAAAGUAAAAAGUGGCACUAUGAUGAUUUUAUAGAAAAUAGUGUAAUAGCGAUGGUGUUAACACGACGCUAGGCAGCUGCUCUGUUUGCAUUAAAGUAACUAUCCAGUGAAAAUCAACAUUUAAAAGCUUAUAUUCUGUUUGCUCAUACCCAAAUAAUGUUGUUGACUCGUCCUUGUAGUUGUGGACAAAUAAUACAUUUGAGAAAACCCACUCAGUUAAACCCCAUCUUAAAAAAUGCUUGAAAUUUGCUUGGAGAAUGACAUCAUCCUCCUUGGCCGGGACAGGCCUGUCUGUGAUUGGUCCAGCAGCUUUUUCCUUUUAACCCCCAAAUUCUAUGGGAGGGCGCACAAGCGGCUAGUGUUAGCAAACAGGACAGACGCCUAUACAACAACUAUCUCGCCAGUCACUUCUAUUUCAAAUGUUGUGGUUUGUAAGAGUUGGCCUGCUGGCUGUUUAGAAUCGGUAAGCUAACGUUAGCUAUCGAGACUAAUUUAGCUAGCUGUCUAGCCAACAAGAAAGCUAGCCAAAGUAGAUCCUCCACACAACAACCAUCUCGCCGUUCCCUUCUAUUUUAAAUCCUGUGGUUUGUAGUUAAAAGUUGGAUGUCAAGAGGAAACCUAGGUAGCUGUGAUUGACUGAUAUAUGUAGCAGCAGCAGUUAGUUAGCUAAUUUACAGUAGCGCCUAGAAACCACAAACAAAAAUACGACUCACGCUUGUAAAAAAAAUCAUUCUGCAUUUAUUGCUGUUAUAGUAAAGUGAGGCUGUGCGCAGCCCUGCCCCAUGUGGAUUUUGUAGCUACCUUUUAUAUCCAAGUGUAUGCUUUUUGUUGUUGUUGCCAAAACCACUCUGUUGUUUCCACUCAGGCCAAGCAGGGGCACAUAGGAAAUCUGCUUUUUAACAUCCUUAUUUAUAAUCUAUUUAAUUUAUAUUUUAAUUAAAGGUGGACUCAGCGAUAUGACAUAUAUGCAGAAAGUAAACUGCAUAGUGGGUCAAUUUCUGCAACAACUGAGAGCGUUGAAGCGCGAGGCUCAAUUUCUCCGCUGUUUUGGUCCUGUGGCUACCACGCUUUACACAAUGUGAAGCGGACCCGUGCAAAGGCGCAGAUACUGUGUGAGAGCGAAGUGUUGCAUCUCGCUCAUCUCAAUAGCUCUAGUGCUGUUUGUGGCAACGUCAUUUCAUUGAGUCUACCUUUAAUUUUAGGUAAAUAUUUCAUAGAAAUCUGGAACGCUGGACAGAGACUUUAAAUGUUAUCUGGACGAUCCCUAACACUAUCUCCACAUGAGGUGGUGCUGGGGUGCUACUUUGUGUCAUAUCAGCCUCUUGCACCUGUGCUUACAUGAGAGCCAGAUAAUCUCCGCGUGGAUUACCUGUCCUUUCUGCCUCAACAGGGAGCAAAACAAACAGAAAAUAGAGUGAGAGAGACCUUCUCAAGAAUCAGGUUCCUUGCCAAUUCAGAAGUAAAUGUGUGUUAGAUGGAAAUGUGGCAAAUAUGUUUUGUUUUUUGCCCAUUACAGUUGUAAAUUAAUGAAUGAAUGAAAAUUGACAAAUGAAAGAAUGAUGCUGGGAAGUGGCUCUGUGUCAAGGGGAAGUGGGAUUAGUGGAGAGAGCUCUUCAUACUUUCCCCACUUUCAUGUUGUAUCUGCAAAUUAUGUUUCAGGAAGUUAAGUCUCUAAAAGGUGAAAAAUAAAACGGUUCUCCCUUCA